AUGGAUGCGGCGGCCUUUAACGUUCCGAUGAAUCUUGAAUCUGUCGCAGCGACUUUGAUGGUCGACGAAGAGAACGGAGACGGAGGAGAAACGGUGGCUCCACUGGCGAAAAAGCAACGUUUUUGCGACGAGAUUAACAGAGUGGCGGAGAUUGUGCUGGUUUUGUCGGCGUUAGGGAGGAUUCGAGGAGGUAAAACCCCGACGGAGUUGGAAUUAGAGCUUAUGGUGGAGGCUAGGUCGAUGUUAGCUGCCAUGUGUGAAGAGUUUACCCCUAUGGAUAUCAUCGGUAAGGAUGAUGUUAGAGCUGUGAUUGAAGAUCUGGGUUUGAAUGAUAAGGCUAAAGACCAGAGAUUAGGUUUCCGAGCUCCUAAGCUUACCAUCUCCGAGAAACUAUCUCUUGGGAAAAGAAAGAUGGAAGAAGAAGCAAAAAAGUAUCUUACACCUACAGUUGUUUCCACUGGAUAUGCAUCUCCUGGUUUUGCAAAGAAUGUUCAUGUGGCACAUCAGUGGCCUAGUGGUGAAGUUAAUUCAAGUGGAAGCCAUUUCAGAAUGGAGAGACCACCUCAGGUGAUGAUGGUUAACGGUGUUUCUCAGGGGACUGCAACCUCUUCUGCAAAUUAUUAUGCUGCAUCCUGGUCUGCCCAACCUCAAUCCACCAUAUCAUUCAGUACUGCACCAGAUAAGAAGGUGCCUGUUCAAAGUUCGGUCAGGGCAGCAGAUACAAGCUUUAGGCCAUUCAUGUCUCAAAAUCCGCAUGGUACAUUCCCGAGCACAAAUCAGCCGAUGCAGGGAAUGCAUUAUGGUCACACUUCUUCGUUUGGGAACAACCAUAGUGUAAUCGCUAAGAUAAUCCACAAAGUUCUGCAACCACUGGUUAAACAGUAUGCUUUGUGGAAUCCACCUUCAAGAGAUUAUAUGAGCAGAGCAAUAGCAUGCCAGAUGUGUGAAGUUACCAUCAAUGAAGUGGAGACUCUACUGAUUUGUGAUGCCUGUGAAAAAGCAUACCACUUGAAAUGUCUGCAAGGAAACAAUAUGAAAGGGGUUCCAACAUCCGAAUGGCAUUGCUCAAGAUGUGUGCAAGCAUUCAAUGGGAAGCCAUUUCCUCCUAAAUAUGGUCCUACCAUAAGUACGACUGCUGCAAAAAGGCCUUCUAGUACAGCCGGGGUUCAAUCAUCGAUAUCGAAGAAGGUUGGAUCGAUGGAUAUGAAGGUUAAUCAACAGAAACCAAUAGUAAGUACGGGUCCCGGAGUACAAAAUUUUCCUGCCUUUGUUUCUGGAGCAGCAAGAACAUCUCAUUUUGAGACUGCUAAUGUGACUGCAAAUACAACUGCAAGCGCAGCAAAGACUACUAACACUGGACGACAAGGCUUUAGGGAAAGUUUAAUCUGUGGUACCAAUUCAACAGCACUGGUAUCACUUACCGUCACUCCAAAUCCUAUAGCAAUUGCAAGUACAAGUGCAGUGAUAAACAAUGGCCUCGCAUCAAAACCUUUAACACCAGUUGGCACUAUGAGCAGCACUUAUCCAUUGCCUGCUGGUAACCAGGUUCCCGUGAAUGGAACCUCAAACGCUAUGACUGCUAGUCUUGCAGCACAAGCCCUAGCAGUUGCCGAAAAUGGAGACAGCAGCUCGGUCGCCUCUGGGACUGCUGACCAUUCUAUAUUGAAUACCGACCUUACCACUCAAGUCCAUGCAUUGACUGUUACUUCUGAUAUUAACUCUCAGUUGGCAGUGUCACAUUCUGAGACUGUAAAAGCAAUUGAAGAUGUAAAUCCAUCAGAGUCUACAUCUCAUUCAGACUCUCACUGUCUGAAUGAUAAAACAACAUCAGAGAAUGGUCAAGAAUUGAGCAAGGAUGGUAAGAAGAAAUUCGCUUUGGAAACUUGUCAGAACCACCCAACAGAUUCUCCAGCCGCAGUUAUAUCAGAUCAAGACCGAAAGAUUACUGCCAAACCAUCUGUGCCACAAGAGAAUUCAGCUUACCAGACAGAGAAAAAAGCGUCUCAGCCUCCUUUGGUGCCAUCCAGCUAUCAUUCUCAGAGUGAGAAGGAAACACCAAAUGUCCAAGAGUCUUUACAGAAUGUCCCCCCGGGAGAUUCACAGAAAGGCGAAGGGGUAAAUGGUUUAGAUGAUAGACAUAAGGAACAGCCUUCAGAGCCGGGAAUUGAUAAGCCAGCAUCGAUAAAGGAAGCAAAUGCUGCCUAA